UUGUGGUCCCUUUUUAAGAAUAUAUAUGUGGUUAAAAUUCAACAAAGAUUGGUAAUGCAAUAUGGUCUUAUAUCAGAUAUAUGAUUUGUUUAUCAGACAUAUGAAUUUAGUAACUAUACCAAAAACAAUCAGCCAUUGCGUUUCUAAUGUCCGUCAGUAUUUAUUAACAGUGUCCGUAUACCAUUCAAACACAAAAUCCAUUAGUAACUCUUCCUUUACAUAAAAAAUUAACAAUAGACCGAAAUUAGCUCUUGUCAUAUGACAGUUUGUAUGAGGAAAUGUUUGAUGUCUGUAUUUCCUGCGAAAACGACGCAACUAGGUAAGUUAAUUUUUAACAAGAACAGUCUAGUUGUUUUCAUUCGUUGUAAUUGUAAAUGAAGAUAAAAAUGAUAAUUACGUGAAUUUUAGUUAUUUUGCUCAUAAUUUCAUCAGUGGUUUAUAUUCAUUCAUUACAGUAUGAAAUAAAAGGAAUAAUUAACAUGGCCACAUUUAGAUCAUGGUUACAAGAUAUCAACGAAUGUCACCAUUGUGGCAAAUCUUCCAUAGAGUUUUGCAAUAGCUGUCAGCUUAAUUUAUGUGUGAAUUGUGUGAGCAAACACGUGGACAAAUUCCAGUCUCUGUCACAUGAUAUAGUUCCAUUCAAGAACAGAAAGAUACACUGGGUGUUUCCUGAGUGCAAGUUACACCAAGGCCAAAGAUGUGAGGUCCAUUGUCAGGAUUGUCAAACUCCAAUCUGCAUCAAAUGUUGCAUCGGUGCUCAUAAACAUCAUAAUGCGUCGGAAAUAGUUGAAGUCGUUGAAAUAAAGAAACAAGAGAUUCGAAAGGACAUUGAAGAAAUUGAAACAAAACUCAUUCCAGAAUAUAAAAAGAUAAAUACUUAUUUACAAGGAAAACUUACAAAAGUUGCAGAGGAAUUGACCAAUACAGAGCAAGAGAAGGAAAGACUAAGAACAAUAUGGCAUCAGGAAGUGGAUAACAUUUUUGAUAAAGUGGGUAUUGCAAUCCAAGCGAUGAAAAAAAGUUGUCUGGAGAAUGUUACGGCCUAUCAAACUAAAAUCAAGAAUCUUAUUGAAGAAAUGACCCAAGCAAUUCAGGAAAACAAACAGUUCCUGAAAACCACUAAACCAUUAGACGUCUUUAACUAUAAAUCAAAUCUGAAUGAAUAUAGAAAUAUUAUGAAAGUUAGUGUUAAAUAUCCGUCUCUGAAAGCAAACAUUGUCGAGGGUAAAGAACUAAGUAUAGAAAUGGGAAAAACAAAAGCUUUAUUGGCACAUACAUCAUUAUCCAAUUCAGCAGUGGAAGUCUUGUGUACUUCCCAAAAACAUUUGCUAACCAUGGCCAGAGUAAUUGCUGAUAUUCCCACAGAGCAUAAACCUCUAAGAAGAAUGGUCUGUGUGGGAGAAAAUGAAGCUUGGAUCAUCGGAAGCAACAAAACCAUCUCAUGUGUUGACAUCCAUGGUCGCGUAAAAGAAACCGUCGUUACCAACUGUCGACUUUGGCCUGAUGACAUCUCAGUGUCAAAUCAAGGCGAACUGAUUUACAGUGACUGUAACAAAAGAACCGUUAACAUUAUCAGGACAGGUCAAUGUAAGAUCGAGAUUCUUAUUACCACUCCAUGGGACUGGAUACCAUCCAGAAUGCACUGUACACGAUCAGGAGACACCCUAGUCAGUAUGUUCAAUGGCCAAAAGAAGAAAAUCAUUCGUUAUCAUGGAAAGAAAAAAAUGCAGGUAAUUGAGAAAGAUGAACAUGAGAAACCAAUUUUUGAAGAUGGAAAUUUUGUAUUGUAUUUGUCGGAAAACAAUAACGGAGACGUGUGUGCCUCUGAUAUGAAUGCAGGCGUGUUGGUUGCCAUAGAUAUGGAAGGACGAGUUCGAUUCAGAUACGACGGAACUCCUGUUAGGAAGAGAGAUCAAUUUAGUCCAAGAAAUAUCGUGACGGACUCUCUUUCACAGAUCAUAGUGACUGAUUAUAAUAAUUCGUGUCUACACAUCUUAGAUCAGAACGGACAGUUCCUGAAAUGUUUGGAAUGUCAUGGACUUAAUAAAAUCAAUGCACUGAGUCUGGACAAGGAUGGGAGGUUGUGGGCGGGGUUGUUCGAAUCCGGGAAAAUCAAAGUGAUACAGUAUCUGAACUAGGCUUUAUCAAAGGUGAAAGUACACUUUUUGCACGAGACUGCUAUCAACUUUGGUGUGCACAUCAAAAUAUUGGCACCGUUAUGUAAAAGU